UAUUUUUCUAGAAUUUCACUUGUUUCAUAAACUCUUAGCAAUAUUAUACAAGUAAGUUUUAUAUAUUCAUCAAAAAUUAAACCUAACUAAUGAAGAAUGUAAUGUUAUCAUCAAGUGGUUCAUUAAAGUUGCAACCUCCAACUUAUGGUAAACUCAUAACAAUUUUAAGUAUCGAUGGAGGUGGAAUUAGAGGAAUUAUUCCAGCAACUAUUCUUGAAUAUCUCGAAUCUCAACUCCAGGAAUUGGAUGGUGAGGAUGCAAGGCUUGCAGAUUACUUUGAUAUAAUAGCAGGAACAAGUACUGGUGGCCUUGUUACAGCCAUGUUAACAGCUCCAAACAAAGACAAACGUCCUAUAUUUGCUGCUAAAGACAUAAAGCCAUUUUAUCUUGAGCAUGGUCCUAAGAUAUUUCCACAAAAAGGAAUGUUAUUUUUUGGAUCAAUAAUGAAGACACUAAAAUCUUUAAUUGGACCAAAGUAUAACGGGAAGUAUCUACAUCAAGUCAUAAAGGAGAAAUUAGGGGAGACUCAUUUACAUGAGACUUUGACUAAUGUGGUUAUUCCAACUUUUGAUAUCAAGAAUCUACAACCAACAAUUUUCUCCACCUUUGAGGCAAAAGAAAAACCAUUAAUGGAUGCUAAGCUUUCAGAUAUAUGCAUUAGCACAUCUGCUGCUCCAACUUAUCUUCCUGCACAUUAUUUCAAGACUCAAGACAAAGAUGACAAUUUUCAUGAGUUCAAUCUUGUUGAUGGUGGAGUCGCAGCUAAUAAUCCAGCUCUUGUUGCUACAAGUCAAGUGACCAAACAAAUAAUGGCUGGAAAUCCAGAUUUUUUUCCAAUUAAACCCAUUGAUUAUGGAAGAUUUUUGGUGAUUUCUGUAGGCACUGGAUCUGCAAAAGUUGAACAAAAAUAUAAUGCUAAAAUUGCAUCAAAAUGGGGUAUAUUAGGAUGGCUACUUAAUGGAGGUUCAACUCCAAUUGUUGAUGUUUUUACUCAAGCAAGUGGUGAUAUGGUUGAUUUUCAUAUUUCUGUUGUUUUCCAAGCUCUUCAUUCCGAAGAAAAUUAUCUUCGUAUUCAGGAUGACACGUUAAGUGGAACAGACUCCUCUGUUGACAUAUCAACCAAAGAGAACAUGAACAAAUUGGUUGAAAUUGGCACAAAUUUAUUGAAGAAACCAGUUUCAAGGGUAAAUCUACAAACAGGCCUAUUUGAACAAUGCAAAAAAAAUGACACAAAUGAAGAAACUUUGAAAAGGUUUGCAAAGUUGCUUUCUGAAGAAAAAAGACUUAGAGAUUCCAAGUCACCCCAUACAAGCAAAACCUCAGAAUAGAACAUCAUAUAUAUUUGUUUACAACACAUAAAAAAUUAUUUAAUUAAUACUUAUAUUUAAUUAAUUAACUCAGUAUUUAAUUUGUAAUAAAUGACGUGUGAAAUUCAAAUCGUGUGUGAUGUUCAGUGUAUUUAAUUGCAAUUAGUAUAACGAUAAAUAUCUGCUUCCCUCA